AUGGUCGUUACUCCCGCCGGCAGCCUCGGGAAAAUCUCCUUUAUAGACGCGCUCUUUAACUGCACAUCCGCACUGACCGUUACAGGCCUCGCAUCCGUCCGUAUGAACGUGUUCUCAACAUUCGACCAGGUCCUGCUGCUGCUGCUUAUGAUGGUCGGCAGCGCCAUUUUCACUUCCCUCGUCCCGGUUCUCAUCAGGAGGCAUUACUUCCUGAAACACCUGCAGGAGGAAGAAGCCAAGGGCGUGUUCCCACUGCUCGCGGCGACAUCAGAUGUCGGACAACAGGCCGGCAUCAGCAACAGGGCUGCGUUUACACGCGUGGCGAGUGGGCAGAACAGGCCGGGCGUUGGGGGGAUUGCGGAGGAGCAUUCGGAGGAGUAUGGGGAGGAGGGGGGCGAGGGGGGCGACUGGGAGCAGCCCGGGCAGGAAGAGACAGUGGCGCCUUUUGAGAGACGGUUCGUUGAGCUCAGGGCCCUGGAGCUGCUGAGCUGGCUGGUGCCGGUAUAUUUUUUGGGAACCAUCAGUGCUGCCUUCGUUCUCUUCUUCCUCAUCACCUGGUGGUGGCCCGAGUACCACGAUCUCCUCACAGGCAAGGGCAUCAACGUCGUUUUCAACUCAGCCUUCCAGUCCGUGUCUGCAUUCGCCAAUGCGGGGUUCGGGUUAAUGGACGAGAACCUCAUCCCCUUCCAACGCAACAUCCCCUACCUGCUGGUCGUGGCCGUGCUCAUCCUCGUCGGCAACACCAUGUACGCCCCCAUGCUCAGAGGGGUGCUGGCGCUGCUGCACAGCACCAGCAAGAAGGACAGCAGCCGAUGGCACAUUACACGUUACCUGUUGGACCAUCCGCGCAAGUGCUACACGCACCUCUUCCCGCACAAGCAGACGCUCUGGCUGCUGCUGACCAUCAUCGCAUUCAAUACCAUCCAGGCAUUCUUCAUCAUGGUCCUCGACUGGAACUCACAGGCCUUUGAAGGGCUCGGAGGCGGGUACCGAUUCUUUGACAGCUGGAUGCAGUCGAUCAGCACGCGCAAUGCGGGGUACUCCAUUGUCAACCUCUCCUACCUCACAGCCGCCACCAACUUCCUCUUUGUCGGCUUCAUGUACGUGGCAGUCUACCCAGUCUUUCUCACCCGCCAGUCCUCCCGCGAGCAGCGCGACGUGCACGAUUCAGACGACCUGGCAGUGUUUGCAGAGGACCUGCAUGGGGGCGUGCUUGACUCCUCCGUGCUGGCGCAGGGCCGGCACCUGGUGGCACAGGACUCGGUGUACCUGUUUGUUUCCAUCUUCCUCAUCUGCGUCAUCCAGAACGGGGAGUUCAAUUCUGACCCCAACAACUGGACCGUCUUCAAAGUCAUCUUCGAAAUCAUCAGUGCCUAUGGCAACGUGGGUCUGUCUCUGGGAAACAGCUGUCCCACCAGCAACCCCGAUUGCACAGACGCGCCACCCUACAGCUUCUCAGGCACGUGGUCGGUGCUCUCUAAGUUAAUAGUCAUUCUCGUGAUGCUGCUCGGGCGGCACAGAGGGCUACCAGACAACAUUGACGCCGCCAUUGUCAUUCCGCCGCCCAAGCAGUUCCAGCGCCGGCUUGGCCGACGAAUCAAAGACGACCCUGCUGUGCUGCUCACGAGAGCGCUCACUAUGACCAAGUCUCAGCCCAGCUCUCUACUGCGCCGCCUCUCCUCGCUGCAUGCUACUCAGUCAACUGUUGGAGCCAUGGCAUCUGCAGUGCCCUCCUCCAUACCCUCAGAUGUGCCGUACCGGGUUCACACCAGCUAG